CUGUGGCGGCUGGUCCACAUACAAAAUAAAAUAAAAUCGUUGCUCACGCAUACGCAUGCAUCACGCUUGUUACCUGCUACUCGCUCCUUAUUGUAGUGAGUGAAGUCUGUUGUGUUUACUUGCUUGAUCUGCAAGUUGUCCUGUGAAGUGCUUGUAUAGUUUUAUCUUACAACGUAGUCAUUGUUCGAGUUGUGGUUAAAUAUUUUUCAAAAUGCCUACAAGUGCGGUGUAUCAGCCUACCACAGUGACCUAUGAACAACAGCCAACAGAUCAGCGUUGGAACUGUCCCAUCAGCUACUUCUCUCGGCGUAUGGCUUCUAGCUGGAACCGAGCCGUAUGCUUACGAGUGGGAUUGUGUUUGACAGGCAGCAUCUUAUUUAUUAUAGGAACGGUGCUGAUUAUCGUGGGUGGUGUGAAAUUCUCGAACGCGGCUGAACCGGACCCUCACAGCUUCGAAAAUGGCGUCGGCGAACUGGUCGCAGGCAGUGUCUUAAUAUGCUUAGGAAUGGUCUCUGGAUUGUUAGGCAUUUCAACGUACUCAUCGAGGUGGGGCAAUGGCAAGGAAGCGCCGGCGAGUGGAGCUGCAGCCCUCACAGCGCUAAACCCUUCGACCGAUCCUCUUGUGGCUGCACAGUACGCGCCCGUGCGCGACGCCCCGCCCGCGCCUGAUGAUGAAAUGCGCAAUCUCAUGGACAACAAAGACUGCUUGAGCAGCGCAGAGGAAAGCGACAAAAUGUUGGAUGGCAGGCCGUCUGUUGCGUAAAUACGAUUAUUCUACGAUAUAACGAGAUUAUUCUUACGAGCUUAGGCUAGACAUAAAGUCCCCCUAAUUGUGUAAUGAACGGUGUUAGAGAUACGUUACGUAGCUAAGCAUAAGUAACAUAGAAUUUAUUUUUAUGAUAUUUCAUCGCAAUGUAUAGGCUUUUAAACUUCGUAUCAGUAACAUAUCUUUAACGCCGCUCGUCUCGACAGUCUCGUGUCCAUAGUCCGUAUUAUGUUAAGGUUGCAUUUUGGUACAAAGUAAAGAAGUACUUUUCAUAAACACUUUAGCGAUUAAUUUGUGUUAUUCGCCAAUAACGUGUGCUUGUUUUAUGUGAUACUACCUGUCUGAUUUUUUGUGAUGCACUGUAAUUCAAAUUUCGAUAAUUUUUAUAAUUUAAAUUGCUCUAUCAUGCUUUCGCGUUAAUAUUUAGUAUUAAGUAAUCGUGGUAUUUAGAUAUCCUUUAAAUAUGAACAUCUUAAAUAUCUACUUUAAAUAUAGAUUUAUUUGAUAAGUAUGACAGCUUGCUAGUAAUAUAGCAAUGACCACAAAACCCUGACCUUUGUCAGAGAAGAAUAAGAAGUAGGUACAAGCAAAUGUUUCUAAUAAUUACAUACAAUGUAUGUAAAUGUUUAUUUUAUUUACAAGAUUAUUAUAUUUAAGAGAUGUUUAAUAAGUAUUCUUUAAAGUGUUCAGAUUCCAUAAUCUUUAAUCUCAUCAUUAAGAUCAUCAUGCAUUUAAAUGUAUACUACACAUUGUAUUUAUAAUUAAGUGGUAACAUUAUUCUGACAAAUUGUAUGUACUGAGUGUUUAACACUAUUUUGCAAUAUUGUAUGAAGCUUUGGUAAAAUUCGCGUUUAUUUUUUGAUAAAUUAGUAAAAGUCAAGAGGCCAAAUUGUUGUCCAGGUUUACGGAAGUAAGUUGUAAUGUGAAUGUGUAUUGUCACAUUUAAGAUAUCAAAUAUCAUAACAUUAUAAUCCCAAUUUAAAUUAUUGCAAUUGAAACUGAUAAAUCUCAAAAUUAGUAGGUAGGUACUACUUGUUUGACAUUUUGGAUUAUCUACUCUAUAUUUUAUUUACUUUUACUCCAUGCUCUACUAUUCUUUAACUUUUAUUUAAGUAACAGUAAUUUAUUGAUUUAUUACGUUUAUACUUACAUUCUAAUUUAUAUUUCCUAAUCCCCACCAAUUUUGAUAUUUAUUUAGUAAGUGCUUAUUUUUUUUAUACAACCCUUAAAUUAAUAUUUUUUUCUAUACAGCAAUAAAAUACAAUCUCAUUAUUUCAUUUGGCACAUUAUAUUCUACAUUUUAGUACUAAGUAAGAGGAAAUUCGUAUUUUUUUUGUAUGUUGUCCUUUAUUUGAAUAGAUGAUUGUGAUUGGACGAUGAAAUGUCGGUAAUAUAACUUAAAUUAGACUUAUGUUCUUCUCUCUAAAUCUGAAUAUUUCAGAACGGCAGCCUUUGAAUUGUGUUAUUAUUUAUAGAUUUUAAAAUAGUAAAUGUAAGAGGCAAAUACAUUUUCCACAACUGUUUAAGUAGAUAUAAUUAAUUUGUAUUUUGUAAUUACUUAUAUAAUGAUGACUUACUAAUUUAGUCGAGUUGCUAACAAACAUUGAUUUAAAGUACUUAUCCAAAAGACGUUUUAGUUUUAUUGUAGACUCAAUAUACAGUUCUGGAAACGAUAUAUUUGUAAGUAGUAUGGUGCGUAUGUGCGAUCGGUGGACUGGAUCGCUAGUUUACUACAGACUGGUCAAAUGUACGCUGCAAUGAGUGAAACUAGUAUAUUUUUCACCUUUGAUAAAUAAGAUCCAUCCUUCUAUGUGCCGCUUGGAAAGAAUUUAUGGAAACGAAAUUCCGUACCACCACAAAAAAAUUAAUCACCACUUAGUAGUUUAGAUACAGUAUUUUAUUAUCAUUUCCUUGUCAUCACAUAUUUUUUUAGCCCAUUGAUUUUAUUUGACCGUCCUUAGAUUUAAGCGUGUGGGCCAUCGUGGUAGUUGUAAGAUUGUCUAAGAAUGCAUUGUGAAACUGUAUGGAAUGCGUAGCAUUUACCUAAUUAUUAUUUUUUGU